AUGACGAGUCGCAAAGCUAGUGUCCUGCGUCCAUCGGCUAGAUCAAGCAGCACCUUUGCUAGAUCAUCUGGAGAGCUACAAGGAACUGUGGAAGGGUUCGUGCAGGAUACAUUUCAGAGACACGGCUCAGUUGAACCCAACGCUUCAUCUAUGGUCAUGUACAUGAGCUUGCAGCGAUACAAAAAGGGAAUCCAGGCCUGCACCAGCCCCUUUAUGACGAUGACACACAAGGUUUUUCCGAGGAAUUCCGCCUUAGAGUCUCAGAUGAAGUUUUCCCUUGGACUAAUAGUGGAGCCUCUCUCUGCUAUUGGAGAUACAACGGUCACCUUGCAACAGGAUACGGGGCUGCAGCUCCCACGGUGCUCCUUUUGUGGAGCUUAUAUCAACGGAUAUAACAGAUUCACUGAUACCAGGACAAUGGUUUUCUGUUGCAUUUGUGACGAGCUCACACGCCUCCCACCCGCCUACUCAGCCUUGCUUCGCAAUGUUAAUAUGACACGGCCAGAACUCUCGCAUGAGGCGUACGAUUACCUAUGCCCUGCGCAGACUGUCGGAGCAGGAGCUGAGUGCACAGAGUUGACUAGCACAAGUACGGGCCACGCCUGUUAUUAUGCUAUAGAGUUAACCGAAUAUACCAUACGGACAAAGAAGGCAAUUGAGGUUUUAACCGCCGUCCUAGGACAUCUAGACUACCUGGUUGAGAUCCACAAUCGCCAUAAUUGUUCUAUCUGCAUUGGCCUGCUCUUUUUCAACACAUAUGUGCACGUCUUAGCACGGAUGUCUCCAAGCUCUCAAGACCUGUGCAUAUACUCUUUAGUAGAUAGGAACACACUCCCGGUUCCAGAUGGCUUUCUAAUUAAUAUUUCAGAUCUCCACAGCUUCAACGCGCUCUACUCAUUCAUUAAAAGAACCAUCCACACACUAGCGCUCAAGCAGACCUUAUCUUUUGUCCCUCCUACUCUGACUCAGGUGAGACAGACAGAACUUGCACAUGCCCUUGAGCUCAUAACCGAAAUCCUUAAACCACAGGGAGGGCGCGUUAUAGUGUUCGUUUCAACCCAGCCGAAGAAUCUAGCUCCGGGGCAAUGCGACACCAGCGGCAGAGCAGCCUGUCAGGAUAAUCACUUUAAUAUGAAGAAUCGAUUCUCGUGCCUCAACGCGUUCUACGGUGAUAUGGCCAUCCGGCUUGUUCGACUGAAAAUCUCAGUCAGCAUGGUGCUCAUGCCCGCAAGCUCUGUUUCAAGCUUCGGAAGUGUGCUAGAGUUGGUACGGCAUACCAACGGUGGUCUCUGGUAUGUAGAGAGGUUCUCUCCGCAUACAGCAGAAGUCCCUAUUCAGCUCUUUCUACAGCGAGAGUUUGGGGAAGCGACCUGUUUUGACGUCUAUUGUUCGCUACAUCUUCCAAAGCAGAUAAGCGUGAAGCAUGUGCUGGGGACCGUCAUGCAUCGCUCAGACGUAGUCAUAUACCUUGCUGCGGCAACACAAGCUUCCUGCUGUGGGGUACGUCUUCAGGUGCACGGGGAACUCGAUGGAGACAUCGCAUACUACCAAGCACGCACAUCGUUCAUUACAUUCUCUGGACAACGGGUGAUUCGCGUGUGCACAAAGCCACUAAGAUUGUCCUCUGAUAUAACAAAGAUAAUAACGAGCGUCAAUCCCCACGUACUUUUGAAUAUGUACGUCAAACUCAUUGCCCAAACCUUGCGAUGGUCUCCCCAUACCAGUAACCCACAAGAGCUAAUUCUCAACAAGCAUACCGAUCUCUUUAUAGUAUACGCAUCAACCCUUUCAGAGACUAUAGACUCAGCAACGGCGGGGAAGGUCCUCCGUCGCAACUUGCGGGACUGCCUAGCUUUGUACCACAGUACCCUGCCGGAUGUGGUUUGCUAUCAGCGGUCUAACAUCUUCAAAUUGGACCUUGUUGAAGGGCUGCGAUUCUUAGACUAUUGUCCACAGCUCCGGGCUCUUCCGGACCUAGUCUUCUCCAUACUAAAAACAGAUAUGCUCGACCUGAGUCCUCCACGACCUGAAUCUGUGGUUAAGAGUCUCAUAUCUAUGAUAACAUUGGAAGGCAUAACUACGGUUGAUAUGAUUGCUUAUCUUUGUCCACACCUAUACUAUGUUGAUGUAACAAUACCUGCUCCUACCGACAACGAAGGUAUAGAGCUUCCCCUUCUCUCCUCGUCAUUAGAAAGGCCAGGGGUGUAUCUUCUCGAGAGCUUCUACUGUUUAUAUGUCUUCAUAAAUAUCAAUCCUAUAAGUCCACUGUACAACAAGCUGGUAUUUUCUAAGCGCAGUGAAUCUACGCGCAGUGAACAGCACACAGAGACACAACCCGCCGCACCUUCUUGUAAUAUCGUUGAGGACGAUGAGCAAUUGAAAGCAAUCUCGGCAACAGAAUCUAAUUACGCGCAAGCUUCAUCUCUCAAACGUUCCAGGUUCCAUGCAAAGCCACUGGCCAGCACAAGAUCACACAGUACCAUCCGAGAAAAGCUCACCGCAGGUUAUAAAGGUAUAAAAGAGUUCAUCCGAUCUCCGAGUCUAGGUUUGAGCAACCCCAGAGACGAUCCACGCCAUCCAUAUACGUCAGUACAAAUCCCCUUUCCACGGUCUCUGUCCGUCCAGCCUUCUGUCGCAGACAAACAACGGAUGAACCGGGAUAGACGAAGCAAGACCAAGCAACCGCACGAGACACUAUAUCUAAGAGCUGACAGUGACGCUGCGGCACGAAUAUCAGCGACGAUAGACAUGGUACAAAAGAGAGUGUAUGAAACUAGAGGCGUCCAGCUGAAUAUAAUAGUGGUAUCUUCCCAGGGAGCAUACGCAGAGAUCAUCGCUGAAUACAUGACACUCAGUGACACAGCCCGUGGAAUAAGUAUCGAUGCAUUUAAGCAGUCUAUUGAAGAUCAUAUACUGAAAUCCUACGACUUAUUGGAAGAGUAA